CUUCGUUUCAAAAUGCUCUUCUUCGGUGUCAUGAUGCAUCGUACAAUGGAUGCUACGGCCAUCAGUACCAAUGUUCCUCCUCCUGUCUCUGACGUUGAUGCCGGCCUGCACCGGCCACGCUCGCACCUUCACGCGCUGUCAGCUGUACCAGGAGCUCAUGAGGUACAACUUUCCGAGGAGUCUUAUACCCCAUUGGGUGUGCCUGAUCGAGCAUGGCAGCGGUAGAACGACCGAGAAGGUGACUAGCCAUAACAACUCAUAUACAAGUUACGGACUUUUUCAGAUAAACAACAAAGAAUGGUGCAAGAAAGGUAGAAAAGGCGGCCAAUGCAGCAUGAAGUGUGAAGACCUCCUGAAUAUGGACCUGGCAGACGACGUGCGCUGCGCAAAGCGGAUGUUCGACAGGAUGGGUUUCAAGGCCUGGCCGCUAGCCUACUCCUACUGCCAGGAGAAAAGCCUGCCUGAUCUCUCUAGAUGUUAAGACUCGAUAAUUUUAUAAGGCCUUUCGAAAAGGAUAGGGACAGACAAAAAUACAUAUUAUACAGAGUUGAUGUUUACAUUAGUUUUUUUUCACCAA